CAGACACACAAUGAUAGUAUCAGCCAAUCAAAUAGGUGUAUUUUAUUAUCAAGUCCGUCAGCCAUCAAAAAAUUUAUUUAGUAAGGAGUCAUGUAGGGCAGAAAUAUUCAGUUAAAACCAUAUUAUUUGAAGAUGAAAUUAGAAAAUUUAAACUGCGAAAUACAUAUUUAUUUCUAUUUAAUGUUUACUUUUCAAAGUGAUUUGUUCGCAUUAAAUUUGUAAUCCUUCUUUUCCGAAAAUUAUAAACACAACUUCGCCUAGUAAAAUCAUUAAGAUGGCCUCUUGUUUAGUUGCAAAAUUUCCAGCUGUAAGAAAUAAAGUCCUAAAAAGUUACAAUGUUUUCCGACGUCGUAAAUGGAAUAAUGCUUCAUUAGAUAUGAUUCAAGUUGACAUUGGAGGAGAGCCAAUUAGAUUUUCAAUUGGUAAGAUUGCAAAGAUAACGGAUGGCUGCUGUGUUGCAAAGUUGGGAGAAACAUCUGUUAUGGCUACUGCUGUUUGUGACCCCAGAAAAUCUUCACCGUCUUCUUUUGUUCCGCUUACAGUAGAUUUUCGUCAAAAAGCGGCUGCAGCUGGUCGUAUACCGAUGACUCGGAAGCGAAGAGAAUUUGGUGAAACUGACAAAGAAAUACUAACUAGUAGAGUUAUUGACAGAUCUAUCCGGCCACUUUUCCCUAAAGGAUUUUCUCUUGAAACACAGAUAUCAUGUAAUCUAUUAGCAUUAGAUUGUAUCAAUGAUCCUGAUAUUUUGAGCAUUAAUGCAGCAUCUGCAGCAUUAAGUCUUUCUGAUAUUCCUUGGAAUGGUCCAGUUGGAGCUGUUCGUGUAGGACUCAUAAAUGAUAAAAUUAUAAUUAAUCCCACGAGGCAAGAUUUAGCUAAAAGCUCUCUAAAUCUUAUAAUUACUGCAACUCAAGAAAAUAAUGUUGUUAUGCUGGAAGGAUCGGCUAACCAUGUUUUAAUAAAACAGUUUAUGGAAGCCAUUAAAGCUGGAGUCAGUGAAGCUCAGUUAAUAAUAAAGGGUAUUCUUAACCUUCAACAACAAUUUGGUAAAUGUAAAAGGCCUGUUGGCAAGCCAUCACUGGCUUCAUCAGAUAUGAUAGAAUCUGCAACUUUACUCUGUGAAGCAAAAUUUUCAGACAUUUUUCGAGAUUUUACUUUAGACAAAAUGAGGAGAGGGAUGGCUGUUGAUGCUGUGAUACAAGAAACAUUAGAAAAAUUAAAAGAAAGCUAUACUGACUGUGAUUCAAGUAUCUUAUAUCAAGCCAUAAAUUCUGUUUAUAAAAAUACAUUUAGGAACCUUGUUUUAGAAACAGGCAUAAGGUGUGAUGGAAGAACGAUGACUGAUUUGCGACCCAUAUCGUGCGAAGUGGACACAUUUAAGCCCUUACAUGGAAGCGCUCUUUUUGAGAGAGGUCAAACUCAAGUACUUUGUUCGGUAACUCUCGAUUCAGAAGAAGCUGCACUGCGUAAUGAUCCAGUUUAUGAAAUUCCUGGUGAUGAAGACAAAAAUUUCUUUCUUCAUUAUGAGUUUCCACCUUAUGCUACAAAUGAAAUUGGACGUGUAGGCAAAUUUGGUAGAAGAGAAAUUGGUCAUGGUGCUUUAGCAGAAAAAAGUCUGAAACCUGUCAUUCCAGUAGGAUUUCCUUUUACCAUAAGGUUAACCUCUGAAGUCUUAGCAUCUAAUGGAUCGUCUUCGAUGGCAACUGUCUGUGGAGGAUCAUUAGCACUGAUGGACGCUGGAGUACCCAUAUCAGUUCCUGUUGCUGGUGUUGCUAUAGGCUUGAUAACUGCAUACAAUACUGAAGAUAACACAAGCAUAGAAAAAUAUGCUAUAUUGGCUGAUAUAUUGGGUUUGGAAGAUUAUCUUGGUGAUAUGGAUUUUAAAGUAUCUGGUUCAGAAGAAGGCAUUACUGCUGUUCAGUUAGAUGUUAAAAUACCUGGUCUUCCAUUAAAUAUUAUAGAUGAGUCACUCUCCCUAGCUGCAGAUAGCUGGAGUAAAAUUCUGAAUAUUAUGAAUCAAGCAAUAUCUAAACCUAGGGAAGAAAAGAAAAAAUCUUGGCCAGUUAUAGAAACUUUAGAAGUACCUCUCCACAAACUUGGCCAAUUCAUUGGAUCAGGAGGAAUGAAUUUAAAAAAGAUUCAUUCUCGAACAGGUGUACAACUAACACAUAAAGAGGAGGGUUUGUUUUCUGUUUUUGCUCCAAAUUCUCAAGCCAUGCAAGAGGCGAAAGAAAUUGUUGAUAAACUUCUACUCGACAAAAUGGUUCCUGAGUUUGAAUAUGGAGCUAUUUAUUCUGCAAAGAUUGUCGAAGUUAAAGAUUCUGGUGUCAUGGUAACUUUACAUCCUAACAUGAAGCCCACUUUCAUAAAAAAUUCCAUGUUGGACCACAAAAAAAUAAAACAUUCAAGUGCUUUGGGACUUGAAGUGGAUCAAGAAAUUUUAGUCAAGUACUUUGGACGAGAUCCCGUCGAUGGUAAAAUGAGAUUGUCUCGGAGUGCCCUCAAAACACCACUUGCUUUAAAAAUCUCUUAGUAAAAACUCUAUAUGUAUAUAUUAUGUUUUAAAUUUUUUUAUAAAUAAACAUUUUUCUGACAUGA